AUGGUGCUCAGUCACAUUAUUGGCGAGGAUCGGUUGGCAAUGCUCGACUGUCCGCCCUACACUGCGUCAUCUCACUUGCAGCCGUCAAACUCGUAUUUCCAGUUCCUCAAAGACUCUUCGUCCCACGUUUCCUACAAGAUUCACAGCUGCUACGCAUGUAUCUCAGUCAUCCACGUGGCGGAACACCGACACAUCACAUCCGAACCAGCACGGACCAUUUCAUUGCUUUUUUACCUUUCCAUUGAAGGUACCCCUGAAACGACCAACAAGUCGUCCUCUUUCCGGUAUUGUACGCCGUGA